AUGUCAAUUUCACAAUCAAACCCUCCAGUUCCUUCCAGACCACUUGUUAUUGCGUCUUCUCAAGCUCAUAAAACGACAUUAAUCAUUCUCCACGGUCGCGGGUCCACUGCCGAGAAGUUCGCUGAGCCUCUACUACAACAUGUGGUCUCUGCAAUAGAUGGCAAGACCAUUGAGAACCGCGAAACAUCCGCAAGCAGCAAAACCUUCCAACAGCACCUCCCAAAUACCAAAUUCGUCUUCCCGACAGCCCCCCUUAGAAGAGCAGUGGUGUUCAAGAGAAGUCUAACGCAUCAGUGGUUCGACAACUGGUCUCUGACACAGCCGGAGCUAAAGCAACAUUUGCAAGUCCCUGGCCUUCGCGAAACGAGUGUCUUCCUACAUGUCUUACUCCGAGAAGAAAUCAAAACCAUUGGGGCCGAAAACGUCGUGCUCAUGGGGCUCAGUCAAGGAUGCGCGGUCAGUACUAUUGCUGCGCUCUUAUGGCAGGGCGAGCCUUUUGGAGCUUUGAUCGGCAUGUGUGGCUAUCUACCAUUCCGCAAAAGCAUGCAAGAUUAUAUUGAAGAAUCAGACGAUAGAGACAGUGAUUCCUUCGUGGGAUCUGAGGCUGACGGGGAUGACAUGUUUGAACGGGACGGCGAGGACCGCGAUGAGCGGAGUCGGUAUGGUAAGGCAGUAGACUGGCUACGCGAGGAGCUACGAUCUGGUGAAGAGCUCGAGGUUCUGAGCAGCGCUUCACCAUCUUUACAGUCAAUACCAGUUUUCAUGGGACAUGGGAAAGAUGAUGAGAGGGUACCACAUACCUUCGGAAAGUUGGCUGCGGAUUUCCUAGAUAGUAUAAAUGUGGACGUCACUUGGAAAGAGUAUGAAGGACUGGGACAUUGGUACUCGGAGGAUAUGCUACGGGAUGUCAUUGAAUUUUUAAAAGAGAAGGUCAAAGGAUGA